GUAAAAUCUACCGUAACAAUUUUAUAGCUAAUUUUUUAGUGCCAUAGUCGAACACCGAGAGUCAUUGGUGAAAACAUAAUUAGAAACAAUAGAUAGGCCUUAUUGGGCCCAUUGGGUCUGUCCAAAACAUAUGACCCAAUUCAACCUGAGGAUGGUCUGAGAAAACGCCGUCGCUCGCUUCAUCAUGUUCAGCGGUGGUGCCCGGCGGAAUCUCUAACCCUACACGGCCAUAGUCAAUCUCAAAAUCCAACACUUGUCACUCCUUAACCUAAAACCCUCUAUGCUGGUGACAAAAUCAGGUACCUUUCUUCGGAAUUGAAAACCUUAGAUGGAUGAUAGUGAAGAAGACGAAACCGGAUACCCAAACAAGUUUCACCCUCUGAAUCUACAAACCCAUCCUAUGUAUACCCGACCCCCCAUUCCCAAACGCCACGCGUAUUACCACCACGAAGAAGAAGACGAGAUCGAAGAGUACCAUCGUGGGAACGAGAAGAGGCUUAAACCGGUUUCUGGGUACGAAUUCUCCGACACGAAUGUUGAGCAAGAAGCGUUCGUGUUGUUGGAAGUGUGGGGAGACAGGUUCUUGCAAUUGGGUCGGAGGAAUUUGAGGAACGAAGAUUGGAACGAAGUCGCGGAGAAAGUCAGCGAAGAGCUUGGGUCGGAGAGAUCAGAUACUCAGUGUCGGAGAAUGGUUGAUAACUUGAAGAGGAAGUAUAAGAAAGAGAGGGCCAAGCUUGACAAGUCUGGUUUGGGUUCCACGAGGAGCAAGUGGUCGUUUUUCAACAAGUUGGAUAUGUUGUUUUUGGGUUUUUCAGCGGCUAAACCGGAGUUUGGUUUAGCUUGUGGUGUUGAUUCGGGAGAGUUUGUGUUUAUGAACACUAAGGUUUAUUUGGAUAAGUCUAAUGGGUUUGAUGAGAUGAUGGAUAGUCCUGGUGACUCAGAAGAGGAUGAUGACGGGGAGGAGAUUGAGUAUGAGAGUGAGAGGAGAAAGAAGGGGGAUGAUGCGGCGUCGUUUAAGCUGUUGGCGGAUUCAGUUGAGAGGUUUGGGAAGGUUUAUGAGAAGAUGGAGAAGAGUAAGAAAGAGCAGAUGAAGGAGUUGGAGAAGAUGAGGGGUGAUUUUCAGAGAGAUUUGGAGUUUCAGAAGAAACAAAUUGUGGAGAGAGCUCAGACUGAGAUCGCUAGGCUACGUGAAGAAGAGCAUCAUCAUCAUCAUCAUCAUGAUGGUGGUGAGAGUGAAAAUGAGGGAAUGGAGAAUGAUUCUGAUGUGAAUCUCAGUGAUUGA